AUGUGCCUUUCUAAUAGAACUAAUCUUAAAUCAUCCGGAGUUUCGAAUUGUAAAAAUUUCAAUUCGAAAAAUUGCUCAAAAUAUGCUUUAAGGGAAGUUGACGGAAAAAAUGAAAAGAAAAGUUCCUUAUGUACCUUCCGUUCCAAGAACCUUAUAUUAAUAAUUGGAAUAAUAUAUGUAGCUAUAUUG